GAUCAGCCUGUACUACCUGGCUUUCUACGUGGUGAUGUCUGGGCUGUUCGCACUCUCCAUUUACUCUUUAAUGAGGACGGUGAAUCCAUAUGAGCCGGAUUACCAAGACCAGCUGAAAUCCCCAGGUGUAACGUUACGACCCGACGUUUAUGGGGACAGAGGACUACAAAUUUAUUACAACGUAUCUGACAACAAAACCUGGGAAGGUCUCGUGACAACUCUUCGGAAUUAUCUCUCAGCGUAUACGCCAGCUGCUCAGCGUCUGAACAUCAACUGCACCGGUGACACAUACUUCAUUCAGGACACCUUUGAUGGCCCGAAUAAAACAAAACUGUCCUGCAAAUUUACCUCAGAUAUGCUUCAAAACUGCUCCGGCAUCACAGAUCCUACUUUUGGAUUUCCAGAAGGAAAACCCUGUUUUAUUAUAAAAAUGAACAGAAUCAUCAAAUUUCUCCCUGGCAACGGCACUGCACCAAGAGUGGACUGCACAUAUGUGGGUGACAAGUCUCGCCCGCUGGAGGUGGACUACUACCCCGUGAACGGGACCUUCAACCUGCACUACUUCCCCUACUACGGAAAAAAGGCACAGCCCAGCUACAGCAAUCCUUUGGUAGCUGUGAAAUUUCUCAACAUUACGAGGAACGUAGAACUUAAAAUAGUGUGCAGAAUCAUCGGGGCUGGAAUUACCUUUGACAAUGUUCACGAUCCGUACGAAGGCAAAGUGGAGUUUAAAUUGAAAAUAGAAGACUGAGCAGCAACAGAGACACUUCUGAAGAACGUGUGAAGAGUGAUCUUACCUAUCACCACUUUCAUCUGUAUUUAUUUUCUAUGAUUUCCAUAUAAAAUUACACAAAUUACAGUGCAAAGAGACGUUUUCUACCGAAAGAUGACCCAUGUAGCUAAAAAUCAAGAUACUGCUCUCAGUGUGUGAAGGAGAUGAGGAUUAUCUCGAUGUACAUAGCUUAGCAUUCCAUGGCUACUGUACGCUGCUGCCUAAGUGCAAAUAUUUGUACAAAACACGUGCCCUGUAAACUGAGCAGCUGUGUCUUCAAAGAAAAUAAGCAUAGGAUCAAAACAUUUUCUGUCACUUUUCAAACCAUAAUAAAUAAUUGAUGUAUGAUACUAAAUCUUGGACAUUGAGAAAUAGGUAACUAGAAGAAGAAAUCAAUACUUUGACGUACUAGCAAGUAAUAUAUUCUCAAUCUCUCUUGUAUAGGAUGUAUAAACUAUAAAAGUAUAUUAAAAUUAUCUGUAUCCCAGUGAGUUGGGUUUUUUUACUAGUCAGCCAACUCAGAUUUUUUUAGUCGACAAAUCAACGACUGCAAAAGAAACUUGAAAUCUCUCCUCUAGCUUACCAAUUUUAUUGUACCACUUACAACUUCUGUAUAUAUAUAACUUAAUAAAAAUGACUGGUAAGACUGUAACAUCCAGUAACAUCCAG